UCUGCGCAGGCGCUGUAGAACCGUGGCGCUUUCUGGGUAAAGAUGGAUGUCCACGAUCUCUUUCGCCGGCUCGGCGCGGGGGCCAAAUUCGACACGAGACGUUUCUCGGCAGAUGCAGCUCGAUUCCAGAUAGGAAAAAGGAAAUAUGACUUUGAUUCUUCGGAGGUGCUUCAGGGACUGGACUUUUUUGGGAACAAGAAGUCAGUCCCGGGUGUGUGUGGAGCAUCACAAACACAUCAGAAGCCCCAAAAUGAAGAGAAAAAAGAAGAGAGCCUAACUGAAAGGAAAAGAGAGCAGAGCAAGAAAAAAAGGAAGAUGAUGACUUCAGAAAUUUCCCAAGAAGAAGGUGCUACUAUACAGUGGAUAUCAUCUGUAGAAGCAAAGAUUGAAGACAAAAAAGUUCAGAGAGAAAGAAAACUCACUUCCGGAAAGUUGGAGCAUCUCAGAAAGGAAAAGAUAAACUUCUUGCGGAAUAAACACAAAAUUCACGUCCAAGGAACCGAUCUUCCUGACCCAAUUGUUACAUUUCAGCAACUUGACCAGGAAUAUAAAAUCAAUUCUCGACUACUUCAGAACAUUUUAGAUGCAGGUUUCCAAAUGCCUACGCCAAUCCAAAUGCAAGCCAUCCCAGUUAUGCUGCAUGGUCGGGAACUUCUGGCUUCUGCUCCAACUGGAUCUGGAAAAACAUUAGCUUUUAGCAUUCCUAUUUUAAUGCAGCUGAAACAACCUGCAAAUAAAGGCUUCAGAGCCCUGAUUAUAUCACCAACACGAGAACUUGCCAGCCAGAUUCACAGAGAGUUAAUAAAAAUUUCUGAGGGAACAGGAUUCAGGAUACGUAUGAUCCACAAAGCAGCAGUGGCAGCCAAGAAAUUUGGACCUAAAUCAUCUAAAAAGUUUGAUAUUCUUGUGACUACUCCAAAUCGACUAAUCUAUUUAUUAAAGCAAGAUCCCCCAGGAAUCGACCUAACAAGUGUUGAGUGGCUUGUAGUAGACGAAUCAGAUAAACUGUUUGAAGAUGGCAAAACUGGGUUCAGAGACCAGCUGGCUUCCAUUUUCCUGGCCUGCACAUCCCACAAGGUCCGAAGAGCUAUGUUCAGUGCAACUUUUGCAUAUGAUGUUGAACAGUGGUGCAAACUCAACCUGGACAAUGUCGUCAGUGUGUCCAUUGGAGCAAGGAAUUCUGCAGUAGAAACUGUAGAACAAGAGCUUCUCUUUGUUGGAUCUGAGACUGGAAAACUUCUGGCCAUGAGAGAACUUGUUAAAAAGGGUUUCAAUCCACCUGUUCUUGUUUUUGUUCAGUCCAUUGAAAGGGCUAAAGAACUUUUUCAUGAGCUCAUAUAUGAAGGUAUUAAUGUGGAUGUUAUUCAUGCAGAGAGAACACAACAACAGAGAGAUAACACAGUCCACAGUUUCAGAGCAGGAAGAAUCUGGGUUCUGAUUUGUACGGCCUUGCUAGCAAGAGGGAUUGAUUUUAAAGGUGUGAACUUGGUGAUCAACUAUGACUUUCCAACCAGCUCAGUGGAAUAUAUCCACAGGAUAGGUCGAACUGGAAGAGCAGGGAAUAAGGGAAAAGCAAUUACAUUUUUCACUGAAGAUGAUAAACCAUUAUUAAGAAGCGUUGCCAAUGUUAUACAGCAGGCCGGGUGUCCUGUACCAGAAUACAUAAAAGGUUUUCAGAAACUACUAAGCAAACAAAAGAAAAAGAUGAUUAAGAAACCAUUGGAAAGGGAGAGCAUUAGUACAACUCCAAAAUGUUUCUUAGAAAAAGCUAAGGAUAAACGGAAAAAGGUCACCGGUCAGAACAGCAAGAAGAAAGUAGCUCUUGAAGACAAAAGUUAAAAACAGACUUUAAAAAUACCAUCCCAGAAAUGUAAUUUUAUGAUCCCAGCAUGAAUGGUGUUUUCAUGGAAUACUUGAAGUCUUACAGUCACCUGUACCAAACAUUUGAAAUCAACUACAAGUACAUGGGACUGGUGAAAAAUGAUCCUAAGCUAUCAAGUCAAUUUCAAUUUGUAGGUGCCUUUUUUUUUUUUUUUUUCUUUAGAGAUGGGAUCUUGCCAUGUUGCCCAGGCUGCUCUUGAACUCCUGACCUCAUGCAAUCCUCCUGCCUCAGCCUCCCAAGUAGCUGAGAUUACAGGCACAAGCCGCUGCACCCAGCUCUGUAGGUGACUUUUAAAUGAUUAUACAACAGAAAUAACAUUCAUUGACAUUGGUUUGAAUCCAGAGAGAUACUUCUUAUAGAAGAACAAAUGUUUAUGCUAAAAAUAACACCAAAAUGUGGUAAACUCUUAAGGACUUUUCCCUUUGAGUGUGAAGGAAGGUGUGAUGAAUGCUGUGGAGAGGCAUCUGGAACAGAAAUUCAAAAUAAAGCCUUGACAUUAAAUACCCCUUCCACUGCUCACUUUGUGGAUGGUAGCAUGGACUGUCUACCAAGAAGAAACCUGCUGCCCUCUUAAUUUUAAUAUUUCCUAAUUAGUUGAUGGCCUUUUGUGUUGUGAACCACAACAAAGAGAGGCCUCUUUUGUGGCUGGUUAUUCAAGUUCCCUGGGAUUUUAAAUUCUUUGGUCUAUUAAGUAUCCUUGUAUUGGAUACUUAAUACCUUAGCCCUGUCAUGAUGUUGCACAAGAUCAUGAUCGGCUUCUCUCUUUCUUCAUUUUCCGUCAUUUAACCAUGUUCUUUCCUGUCUCUUUCCAUUUAAGAUUAUUUUAUUUGAAUACUGAUAAACAUUUUAUCCUGAUAAGGAACAAUGUUCCUGUUACUUGAUAUACCUCUGUCUUCAUUCUCUUACAGCUUAUCUUUCCUUAGGUUGAUGGCGCCUCAUUUAGUAAGUAGAUCUCUGCCUGAGCUAAAGGAUUAUGAUCAUAUCGUGUUGGAGACUAUUAACUAUUAGAUUUUUCUCAGAUACGAGUUUUGUACAAUGGAAUGAAAAAUUGACUUCAUACACGUAAGACUGUUGCCUAAGAAUGACUUGAAUAUUAUUGGUACUACCACAGAACUAUAAUAUACAUUACCUUUUCUCCGCA